GAUCAAAUCAUGCAGUAUGUAAGAAGUUUAGAACAAAGAGUACAACAAUUAGAAGAUGAUAAACGCACAUUAACUCAUAAAAUAAAUCAAUUGGCAACAUCAAGUGGUGAUCCAACCGUGGCAAUUCCACAAGAUUCAGGUGGAGUUUUAUUCGGAAGACCUGAAGCCGUAGUAAGGGCUCUACAAGUAUUGGAGGUUAGAGAGCAAUUAGAACGUGAAGGAAGAUUAGAAAGGAAUGAAAACAUGUCCGAUACACCUUCAGCUGAUAUGGACGAUGGGGAAAAAGCUUUGGUACGCGAAAUGUGCAAUGUUGUAUGGAGGAAAUUAGAAGAAGGACCCCAAUCUCGAAGAUAAAUCUUAAAAAAUUGAAAUAGAGGUUAAGGAAAUAAUAAUUAGUUUUAUUUUGUAUAUAACAUAAUUCAAAAAGUAUUAUUGUAUUUUAUUAUUCAUAUUUAUUAAUAUUUUUAUGUCGUAUUUUAUCCUAAAUGUACAAAUUCAAGAAUUAUAACAAUAAAUUCAUAUUUUAAAGAU